GAGGCGUGUGUGACAUUUGCUGCAAGAAGCUAGUUUCUGAACAGCUAGCCCGGAUAAAGAUGAAGAACUAGAGGCGGAAAAGAAACUAUUUCGUCUUUUAACAACCGGGCUGACGUUUGGGUUGAACUUUACUUCCGUACCCGCGGUAAAUAAGACAGUUUAUAUCAAAUGUAGCGUAAGGUGAAACUUCCUGUCCGGCUGAACACGUUAAACAGUAGGCUAACGCUUUCUCUUAACUUGUACCGUAAAUGUCCGGGUUGAAGUGGUGCUCUGCGUUGCUGUCCUGCGAUGUUAAAACUAACCAGAUAACUUUAAUUAUUUUUUAUGUCGCAGUAUGGACCGCUACUAGCGCUUAACCCGAGUUUGCUGACUGCCUUUUGCACACAAGGUUAAAAUUAGCUUUAGCCGGCUAGCUCCUGACUCCCCUCCAGCUGCAGCUUUCUCACUUUCUUAUGCUGACUUAUCAGGACAGGUGUGCUGAAAGUAGGCCAGGUGUGGACUGGGAUAGAUAGGGGAAACUUAAUCACAGUGCUCGACGAGUACGUCCCACAGUCUACUUCAGGGAUUUUUUUUUUGCUACUUUAGUAGAGGCAGAGGUGGGACCAUGCUGCUCUCCUUGGUUGUGCACACAUACUCGCUGCGGUACUGGUUUCCAGCCACGGUCAUGCUGGGGACAGCUCCAGCUUAUCUGCUGUCAUGGGGCACUUGGCGCUUACUUUCAGCUGUCCUGCCAGCGAGGGUGUAUCACAAGUGGGACGACCGGUUGUACUCCAUCUACCAGAGUAUGGUCCUGUUCUUCUUUGAGAACUACACAGGAGUUGAGAUUGUUAUAUAUGGAGAUAUACCAAAGAACAAAGAGAACGUGAUCUACCUGUCUAAUCACCAGUGCACAGCUGACUGGAUCAUUGCUGACAUGCUCGCCAUCAGGCAGAGUGCUCUUGGCCACGUCAGGUACGUCCUUAAAGAUGGACUCAAGUGGCUCCCGUUGUACGGAUGGUAUUUCGCUCAGCAUGGAGGGGUAUACGUGAAACGAAGUUCAAGGUUUAAUGAAGCAGCGAUGAGGAAGAAGCUCCUCACUCAGACUCAGCGUGGAACACCAAUGUACCUUGUCAUCUUCCCAGAAGGAACUCGGUAUAAUCCAGAGCUCAAGAAUGUUAUCGCUGACAGUCAGGCUUUUGCUACGAAAGAAGGACUGGCUGUCCUGAAGCACACACUCACACCCAGAAUGAAGGCCUCUCACAUCGCCCUCCAGUCCAUGAAGGACCACCUGAGUGCUGUGUAUGAUGUCACGGUGGCCUAUGAGGGAACGCGGGAUGCCUCUGGUCAAAGAAGACCUGCACCAUCAAUGCCCGAAUUCCUGUGCAAAGAAUGUCCCAGAGUCCACAUACACUUUGACCGCGUGGACAUAAAGGAAAUUCCUUCAGAGCCACUGUUUUUCCGCAGGUGGCUGCACGAGCGGUUCGAAAUCAAGGACCGGCUGCUGACAAAUUUCUACGAGUCGGAGGAUGCAGACAAACUAUGCAGGUUCCCCGGGGAAGGAAAACGUUCUCCUCUGAACCUUUCAAAAACCCUCCCAUCAGUGAUGAUCUUGGGGGGACUGACACUGCCAUUACUGCUGACAGAGAAUGGCAGGAAACUGUACGUGAGAACCUGGGUGUACGGGACACUGCUGGGCUGGCUGUGGGUGAACGCGUUUCCUUAACAAAGAGGGCAGAGGCUGCCACAAUGAGACGCACAAAAGACAUGGAGAGACAUCACCGUUUUCCUGCAUCGCAACCACACAAGGUGUGUUCCAGAUGCAGAGCAGAAUCUGAUAAGAGGCUCAGAGAUUUACCCCACAUGUCUGGCUCACCGUUGACCUUGAGCUGAAAGCUGAAUGGAGAUUCGGAGAAAUGUUAAGCUUUUUGUGCUACUUGUUCUCGCGCGUUACUUGGAUUUGCAGCCUGAAAUGAUGAGAAAACAUGAGUGGGUUUGGUGGAACGUAUUAGAAUUCUCUAAAAUACCCCUUGUUAUCUACUAUAAAAUAAAAAAAAUAGCUAUAUACUUCUCUUAAAAUAGUUCCCCCCUUCAUCAAAUUUAGCCAAACUAGUAUUCAUGCAUGCUCACUUCUCCAUCAAACAUUGGCCACCUUUAAAGCUCUUAUACGAGUUCUGAGAACGACGUACAACACGUUUAAUGAUCAUGUUGAGCUGUUGUAUGUAGCUGACACAGUACACCAGCCUACUGAUGAUGGAUCAUUAAUUAUUUAUUGAAGUGCACUGACUCAUUGACAUUGGUUGUAAUGUUAUUGAUGCCAAGGCCCACGUCAGGAGGUUUAUGCACUUUGCUCAUUUAAAGAGGUGUUUUUACAUUAGUAGAAGAAAAUAAAUAGCAUGCAGUCCUCUGUAGGGGCUCAUAAACAUGACACCAGCUGCAUUGUUUACCAUAAACAUUCAUCACUUUGUUUCAUAAACUGAUAAUGAAUGUAGCUGUAAGACACUCUCAUUUAUGCAUAUAUGACAGAGUGAUUUUUUUAUGUCCAACACCCAAGAUUUUACUAACAUUGAUAAAUAUUGACGAAUUCAAUCCAUCGUAGAGUUUUGAGUCUUUGUCGCAGAGCACUGGCAGACGCCACAGUGAGCUCGUAUGGAGGAGUGCAGAUGAUCUACCAAUAAAUAUUGCUUUAACCUUAACAUGUCAGUCAUUGCCAAAACCUGGUGUAUUUACCAUGAUGUUCUAUGUGUGUUUUAAGUUGAGCAGUACUUGUUUGAUGCCAGCCUGGAUGACAGCAAAGAAACUUUGUCCUUUUUUUUUUUUUAGCCUAAAUGUUAUUUGUUUGUUUUAUAAUGGUUUAUUGUCCACAGUUCCAUAACUUUUAUAAGCAUUUAUUACUUUGAGUACCAUGUUACCGCUCACACAGAA